GCACAUAAUUAUACCUCUCUCUUUUCACGGUCUCAUAACACGAGGUUUUUGACAUAUGUUUUUUAUUUUAUUCUGUUUAAUUCUGUUCACCCUAUUGACUCGAGAAGCAACCAUUAACUUCAGUCUUUCAUCUUUUUUAUGGAUAAGACAUAGAACAUCGAGACAUCUUUAAAACUAAAUUGCUUUCCCUUUUUCCUGUUAUUCCACUACAUACUUUUUGGAAUAGAUAUUAGGAGUGACAUCUUUUCAUUAGAUAGCCAGGAGAGAGAGAGAGAGAGAGAGAGAGAGAGAGAGAGAGAGAGAGAGAGAGAGAGAGAGAGAGAGAGAGAGAGAGAAAUGAGCAUAUUUGGUCAUGAACUUGAAAUGUUUUUUUCCCAUGUUAGAUAUUGGCGGUUCCCAGACAUUGGAGAAUGGCGUGGGCCUGAGGACAACGAUGCUUUCCUUCCACGGGCCUCAGAAAUAGAGUGGGAUGAUCGGACUCCUGGCACCCCACCUAUGACUCCAAAUCACUUCAGCUCUCAUGACCACGACUCCACGGCUGACUACUCCCACGAAGAUUCAACUGAUCUGGACCCAUGUUCUGAUAGUGUGUUGGAGAGUGCUCGCAACUAUGAUUCUGAUGGACCCUGCAGUCCUUCCCUUAGCAACAAAGGUGUCCCAAACAUGUUUCCUGUGACAGAGAGUGACUUCCAAAACAAUUUAGUGUCAGACGGGGAGGAUUCACCCCUCCCUUAUGGUAGUCCUCUUCCCUUUAACAGAAGACAGCUGGACUGUACAUCUGUAGAGUGCAAUCCAGCCAGCGCCUCACCUACGUCUCCCGGAAGUCCAGCAGAGCCGUAUGCCCGUCCAUUCGCCUUUUAUCACCGUGACGUUCGUCUCGGCCAAACACAACAAUUCAGUACGUUUGGGAGAAAAUUCUGAGAAGCACCUCAGAAUGACUCUUUUCAUAUGACUGUAUUUUGUUAGUUCGAACAAAGGGAGGAUAAUUAUAAAGUAAUAGAUGUGGACGUGAAUUGGAUCAAGGAUGAGUUUCUUGCUAGGCAGUGAAAUAAUAGAAAAAACAGUAUGACAGUGAAAAUUAUAGAGCUAGAUGAAGUGCGGAGGGUCGCAAUAGUGCACAGGAAUGAAAAGAAAAUAUGGUGAAGAGGAGUGAAAGAUGAACGUUGAUUAAUUAUAGGAUCGCAUCACUAGCCGCACCGGGUUGAAAGUGAAACAUUGAAUGCUAAUGGUGAAAUACUCAUGAUUUUUACUGAAAAUAUAAAACUGAAAAUUACGAACAGGAAAUUACGAAACCCCAUUAUUUGACAAACCUAGGAAAUCAACCAUCAUCAGUUGGCUAUAUUUUGGUGAUUCUAGCCGGAGCCAGAGCAAGAUAUGCUGGCACUGCACUGCUUGUACAGGGGGAGUUAUGAUAAUUAUUGUAACUCAGGAAAAAUAGAAGUUCUACAAGGGUGAAUUCAUAUGUCUAUCUAUCUAUCUAUCUAUCUAUCUAUAUAUAUAUAUAUAUAUAUAUAUAUAUAUAUAUAUAUAUAUAUAUAUAUAUAUAUAUAUAUAUAUAUAUAUAUAUAUAUAAAGAGAAAUUCAUCCGAGGCUUCUUGUGUUCCGUAUCUCUCAAAAGUAUGAUUAAAUGGCCAGUUUUAACGCCCUCCACGCACGUGCAAUCAUGCGGCAAUCAAUUGAUAAUGUAGAAGUAAUUCAAUAAGAAAUUUUUGAGAAUUUAGUUUUCUAUUUCUAAUCUGGAAUCAUUCUGUGUAUGAGGAAAUUUCAGAGAGCUGGCAACACAUGGUGGCAAUUAUGCUCUUCUUCUUCUUCGUGUAACCGUUCGAGUUAUCCUUCUCCAUCUGUUUCUAUCCAUUACAUCAUCUUCUUGAACUCCCAGCUUGUUCAUGUCACUCCUUGUUACGUCUCUCCAUCUUAUUCUUUGUCUACCAACUCUCCUUCUCCCCCUAACCUCCGCCAUCAUUGCCUUCUUCACUGGUUCAUCCUCCUCUUCUCUCCUUUUCACGUGUCCAAAAUAUCUUAGUCGUGCUUUUUCUUGCGUUCUUUAUAUAACAUAUUCCACAUAUUCUUCUUAUAUCUUUACUGUGUCUCCUUUCUAACAGCGAAAUCCCUUUCACCAUCCUCAUCUUUGUUCUCUCCAAAAUGCCUUCUUCUUUCUUCCUUAAAGACCAUGUCUCUGCACCAUACAAAAGUACUGAUCUCAGCACACUUUUGUAUAUCUUCAUUCUCAGUUUCAAUGGUAUUUUGUUAUCUAAAGUUACUCCGCUCAUUUCCCUCUUUUAAUCUUUGUCUGUGUGCUUUUUCUGUUCCUCCUCCAACUGCAAUUACUGAUCCUAGGCAUUUGAACUCUUAUCUGCUUUAAUCUUAUGCCGUCCUCUGAUGUUACACUUAUUUCCUCAUAACCUUCCUUGUGGCUUACCAUUACCUCUGUCAUUUUUAGUGUUCACUUUCAUUCCCUUACUUUCGAGGUUGCCUUUCUAUAACAAAUAUCUCUCCUGUA